CCUUUCGGGUUUUCGUACUCUCUCUCUACACAUGCAAAGAGAGCGAGAGCGAAAGGCAAAGUCGGGGGGGCGCCACAGUAGAGGCGAGAACAAACGGCAAGGGAGGCGGAGGAGGAGGCGGCGCGGAGAGUCCGUGCGUGCUCCCGUGCGUGUUUCCAACAUGGCGGCCAGCGGAUGCUUGGACGAGGAACGGAGCGAGGAGCUAGAACACAGCGUGGUGCGCAAGGCGUUGCUCGAUAUGAUUCGACCCGAACGGAUAUACCACCAGCGCGGCGAGUUCGACUACGCCCCCGUGAGGUCCUCGGCCGGCCCGGGGCCCAGCAGCGGGCCGGGCGGCCUGGCUAAAUGCCUCGUCGAGAGGUUCGCCAGCGGCGGCUCGGCGCCGUCUGUGCUGGUGAACAACAAAGUGGUCGUCGGCGCUGGCUCUUCAUCGGCGGCGCGCGGUCUCGCCUCGAGUGCGGCACGUCUGGACGGUUACGACGGCGACCAGGAGCCGGCGGAGUUCGCGACCGAGCGCCGCAACCAUCGCUACGACCGCGCGCCGAGCACGGACAGUGUUGCCACGAGCAGCGGAGAGUCAUGCCGGUCAUCGAGCGACUCCGCCUCGUCUGCGCCGUGUUCGCCGGAGAGCGUCAUCAGCGACUCCGGCGGUGUCGAGGGCUUGCCGGACAGCGUCGCCAUCCUGGUGUCCGGAGAGCUCGCGGACGCCGUGCCCCCGGACUCCGGCUUCAACCUCUCCCGGCUCCUGCUGCCGCAGCAGCACCGGCAGGGGGAGACCGCCGCCGAAGCCCGCAAGCGCGACCUCCGGCUCGUCGACGAGGUCGUGGCCGCCGCCUCGGCCGCGACGACCGAGUCUCGGCCCGUUCCCUCGCCGCCCGCUUCGCCGCGUCCACAGUCGUCUGCUCUGGCCGCCGCCAUUUCCUUUUCGUCUGCUUCGUGUCUUUCAUCGCCGUCUGCUACAUUUACUGCCACUGCGACGUCUUCUGCCGCGGCGUCGUCUGCCGUGGAGCGUUUUUUAGCGAACAGCUCCGCGUCGACUGUUGGGCCGGUGGUGCCGCCGUCGUUGUCACCGUUGGCGGCGUCACCGGUGCCGAGCGUGUCAGUGUCGUCUUCCAGCUGCUCGGCGGCGACUGCCGUUUCCCAUGCCGCGUUGUGUGUGACGGGGUCGGCGACGACGUCUUCCAGUUCCGUGGGUCUGCAGGCGUCGCCGUCUGCGUCGGCCAAGUGUGGUGUGUCCCAGGCAGCGGCUGUGUCAGCGGCCUCACCGCCGGGAGCUUGUGCCAAAAGCAGCAGACGCAAGAGGAGGCAAUCUGGAGACGCAAGGAAGCGGGACAGUCCGCUAGUAUCGGACGAUGAUGCGGAGGACGAAGACAUCUGUCGGCGGAGAGAAGCCGAGGUGGAAUCCCUGCUGCGACACUGCAUCGAUCUCGUCGCGGACCGGUUGGACCCGCAACACAGUAUCAGCACCAGUUCGCUACGCGGGUACCGGAGGGAUCACCAGUCGGAAGCGCACCGUCAUUCCGAAACUAGCGGCCACCAGGCGUCGCCGUCGCGGAGCUGUCGCCACCAGGACCAUCAGCCUCACUGUAACAUACAUCAUCAAGAACGACUCACGCUCGACGACGGCGCCGAGGUCGCGUCCGGCUCGCCCCAGGAGUGCCGGAGCGGCUGCCACGUCCAGGAGCGGGAGCAUCGUCACACGGGUCACGAUCAUCAUCAUCAACGCAAUCAACACCACAGUCACCACUCGCAACCGCAGGAUCACAAGCCGCAAGAUCAAGAGACCCACGCGAAGCACCACCCCCACCGCAACACCCACCUCGAAAACCACCACCACCACGAGCACCUAAGACCGCCGUCGCCCAUCUUACCACCUUGUUCACCAGAGUGCAGCAGCAGUAGUACCAGCAGCAGCGCCAGCAGCAAUUGCGGCAGCAUUCCAGGAGACGAUGACUCGCAGUGUCUACAGACUACAGCCGAAGAUGACGCGGCGUCGGCGGCCGCGCUGUCGAUGUCUAUUUCGUCAACGCCGACGGCGGAUUCGCUGGCGCCAACGACGCCGCCGACGAUAUCGUUGUCGACGUCAACGGCGUCGUCGACGGCGGCGGUCUUCUCGGCGCCUUCGUCGUCGCUGCUGGCCACCGCGCCUUCGCCGUGUUCCUCGUCCCAGUCGGCGGCGUCGGUGGCGGCCGAAGACGGCCUGUUCACGUGUCGCUGGCUGGACUGCGAGAUGCGCCUGGGCAGCGAGGACUCGUUGGGCGACCACGUCCGCGGGGCCCACGUGGACACGCAGACCAGGGACCAGGGCGUCUACCUCUGUCGGUGGCAGGGCUGCAAGGUGUUCGAGCGGCGCUCGUGUUCCCGGCAGUGGCUGGAGCGUCACGUGACUCUCAGCCACUGCGGUUCGCGGCCGUUUCCCUGCAUCGUGGCCGGUUGCGGGCAGCGGUUCGGCUCCCAGGCGGCGCUGCAGAGGCACGUCAACGCCCACUUCGAGCGGUCGCUCAACGGCUCCGGACCGGUGCCGUCGGGCGGCGGCGCUGGAAGCAGCGCUUCCGGGAGCGGCGUCACUUCCGGCGGAAGCCUCCUCGGAUCUCGGGGCCUGGGCUCCAAGGAGCUCGCGAGCGGAGACUCUCCGCUCAAGCUGCUCAGGUUGCGCAAGAAGCUCAAGUGCCGGCGUCGAGCGUGGGCGACCGUAAAACAUCCUGAUUUCUUCGACGCCGGUGUGAUGGAGGAGCUGAGGCACCGGCUGACUGAGGUCAGCGCCCCACAAUCACCUGCAGAGCCCCACUCCUGGAAUGGGUCCACGGUCACCUUCCAUGCAACGGUGAUGGCGAGAAGGAAAGAAAAUACCGGAAAAGUGAAGGUGCUUCUUCACUGGGUUCCUGAGCACAUCCUGCCUGACAGCUGGGAGCCGGAGAACCAGAGCACCGAAAAGGUGGUCGCCCUGUCAUCGCUGUCUGCCGACGACCUGCACACGCUAAACCUGUGGCCCAAGGAUCUGCCGACGCCAUGUCAGGGGUUGUCGGGAAGCCGCCGACGCAAGCGGAAGUGAUGGUGAUGGCAAAGUCACUCAUCUCAGGGUCGUGAUGAUGCAACACUGCCAUGCUUUUUUCCAACAAUGCCAUUCAUCGUCAACGGCUGCUUCAUCAACAAGUGCAGCACGCAUAUGUGGACACAGACUGCAUCACCGUCGGGAGCAUAAUUUAUUUUGUGAGCUUUCAUUUUGCGCAUCUGCCACUGCUGCACUGUCAUCACCAAGUGCCAGGCAACAGACUCUCCACUGCCUUCAACGACUGCGCUGGCGGCUCCAUGACUGCAGAUACGGCUUCAGAUAUGGCUGUGGCUGUGACUGAGGCUAGAACUCUUGCCAUCAGGCCGCGUGUGGGGGAGGGGAGCGGUGUGCCCCUUAGUGGUGCAAAUGCUAAGUCCUUAUCUGCCUCAUUUUGACAGUUUAGUCAGUGAAAGACAGUGGUUUUCCUUAUCUUCGGUGUGCUGUUAGCUUCAGCAUCGUUUGAGUGCGGGACAAGAUGGCAUCGUGUAGACCGCACCACAAUCCAUCGUGGACAAGACCAAGUGGGUAACCUGCCAAUUCUGAACGGGAAACGAAACUUACAGCGAGUCGUCACUGGUCCAAGGACGGUGGUCUUUGGUCAGCGGAUGGAUCAACGGCUCAUGACGGUCACUGCCCAUGAAGGAGAGGCACUGGUGGAAGUUUAAAGUAGCCAACACUAUGCAGAUGUUAGUUGUCAAAGCAUUGUGCUACGGUCUUAUUAUUUUCCUCUAUUUCACUCAUCCCUCUUUGUCUUGUCCGUGACCUUGGGCGAAAAUGUAGCUGUGGGAUUGUAGUCAUGUGAAAUCGUGUUUCAUCAUUGGGUUUCUGCUUUUGGAUGUUUCCAACUCGAAAUGGUAGUUCUUUUUUUUUUUUGCAGUUGCAACGUAAAGUGCAUACAACGCAUCAGAACCUGUCUUGAUGCUGACUCUUCUGUUCUUUCUUGUACUAAAUUUUGCUGAGGCCUUAGUUGAAGCAUUUGAGAGUUCUUGAUUCAGGGUGUUCAGUUACAUUGAAGGUGGAACAUUUGUUAUGUUUUUUUUCUUUUUUAUGACACAUCCUCAUUUGCACUUAGGCUUCUCUGCAAUAGCAUGUCUUGCUGAGUGGUAGAAAUAUAAUGCCAGCUCUAUGCAAUCCCCAGCAAGUGCUUUGGAUUCCUUAUUUCUUAGAAGGCACAAAACCUUGAUGGCUGAUAGGUUCUGGUUGCGGCAGAUUACAAGUUAUGAAAUUACCUCUUAUGUGCACUAUUGUAUUUGCGCAAACACAAGUAUCUUUUUGUUUCUAGUAUUAGUUCAGCAGGCGGUCAAAAGCAUUCCUGGAGCCGCACCCAGUCCAGAUCAGAGGAAUAGAAUUUAGUAGCUGGGAAAACAAGUUAACAUUUUGAGCACAUGCAGCAGUGUCAGUGUCAUAGGGACUGAACUUGAGAGAUGUUAUAACUAGCAAAAUGUAUUAGCAAGGAGCUUAUCAGCAGAAUUCUCCGGUAGUAUGAAGCAUACAAAUGAAGGUUAGGGUUCUAGCUUCUCUCCAGUCAGCAGACAUGCUUCUUGUUGCAGUGGCCAGGUCUUCUCAGUGAGCCUUCAUUUCUCUGUAAACCAAGCUUGAUUGGUGUCGCUUCGUGCUUCUUGUAUUGCUCAUGUAAGUUCAGGCAAAAUGUAGGCUUCUUUUUCUUUUCUUGCAAUAAUGAAACCACACUGCAACAGUGCUGGGAUUACAAAUGCUGACCUACUGCCAUAUUUCCCAUUUACAUUUAUGCAAGCAACCCUCAGUGACAUAAUUAGUGCUCUGAGUUUCUAUGUGUGUGUAUGCAAUUGUCGGGCUGUCUGCAAAGUAGCCCCGAGAAGAGUUUCAUUUUACAUAUGCAGAAGACUCUCUCAUGCAUUGACUCCUUCCUGCAAAGGAGCAUAGGAGGUGUGCACUGGACUUGCUACUUGCUUCAUGCGUUGCGUGAACAGUAAUGAAUGCAAGGGGGAUCAUUCUGGCUGUAAAGACAGAUUGCACACUUCAGUCUUUCCGUGAAAUCGGAAGGAUUUAGCGUUUGGGCUACGUCUUAGUUUAUUGCUGGGCUUAUUGCUGGGACAAUGAUUGUUUGGGGGCAAGGUAAGCCGCAAACGGUAUUUACUUCUUUUAAAGUGUAGUCAAACGAUAGACCUACUGAGAAUGAUCUGUCUUUAUUCUCAUAAGUCUAUUUGGUUUCCUUACAGUCUGUAUGAAAGAUACACUCCUCCGUGUCAAAUUCACAUGAAUAAUAUGGAAAACAUUAAAUUACAAGAGUGCAAGCAGAUUUCUUUUUUCAAAGGCGCAAAUGAUCGCAGAAUGUGGUUGAAUAAAAGAGGCCAAGCAACCUUCAUAGCUUGCUUCUACUUAUAAUAGUAUUUUAGGACAUUUCUGAGGAACCAUCACAGAAGCGUAAUCGUUUAACCUAAAUGCCCUUGUCAAGUGCACACACCAGGUAUUUCAGCAAAUGCUUUUUUCAGCAAAUGCAAAUUUUUAUUAUUCACAACUGUGUGAAGUGACAGACAGGGAAACCUAAUUAUGUUUAAAUGAAAUGUAGAAAUAAUACGGUAAACGUAAAUGAAAGUGGGCGGAAAGAUAACUUGCCGCAGGAUCUGGAUGGCUUUCAGGAUUAACAUUUGCCGUGUGUCACUGUCUUAAGUAUUUUAGGGAGAUCUUUUUAUUUUCACAGUUCUGAACAAAAGGCAAAUGAGGCUAAUAAUUUCCAUACAGCAAACUUCAGUUGUCAGUACCAGUUAAACAAAAUCCUGAAGCUUGUUUGAACAUAGAACAUGGAAGUUUUUACAAAUUGAUGUACUGGCCAUCAUUGCUAUGCUGGAUCAAGCCCUGUACUGGCAUUCUGCAUAAACUUUAGCAGCAGUCUUUCCAGUAAUUUCAGUACGAUACAUUAUGGUCUAAUUUAAUAAUAUACAUUGAAUCGACAUGUCUAGGGUUUCCUUCAGAAAUGCUUUAAGCAUUCCCUGAAAUGCCUGGUAGUGUGUGCCCUGACUGGUUGAUAAAUGGUAUGCAAAUGAUCCAGGUUUUCACAUUACCUUCUGCUGGGGUAGGCUCUUUCUUUCUUUUUCUUUGGAUUCUUUUGGAUUUCUCUUUGGAACUUUCUUUUCCUGUGGAUUCAGCAAACACUGCCAGGGUUCGUGUUAUGCAGAGCGACCACUGUUCAGGCGUGGGCAGGAACAGUUGAGCUAUUGUGAUUGCAUUCGUUUUGUGUAGUUGCCACAGCGAGUGUGUGGCACAUAGAACGAAAUAUGGGCUAUAACUAGCUGAAGAGCCAGCCAUUGCGAAGGAACUGUAAAACCAUGGCAAAUGAGAUUGAUAUCUUCGCUAGAAACUUAUUUGUUAUUGAUUUAAGUCAUUUUGUGCCGAACAAACACAGCCCAUACAAGUCUUAUUGGAUUUUCUGUCUAACUUCAUCACAAUAUAUUUGUGUCACCUUAAUUCUGCAUAGUUGUGGUCUUAGUGCCUUUUGCGAGUCUAAUUUGACUAUCUUGUGGCAGGAAUGUUGAUAAAAUAUUCCUGAAGAAUAAGCUCCGACUGCUUACUGCAAAGUCUUGCAAAAUGUAAAUGUGUAUCGGAUUUUAUUGCUCUCCUUAGAGGCUGCAAGCUCAGAUGUGUCUCGAUGGAGAUACUUUGUCAAGUUUUUUGUUGAUGUUAUUACGUUGCACAAUUUCGUGAAGCUUCCUGCUUGUAUGUGGCCCUCUCACUUUUGGUAGAAUUGCUGCUUUACAGUUCUCUCAGCAACCUUUCCUCUGCCUGAUAACAAAUGGGAUGCAAUUGUUUCUUGGCAGAUUUUUUUUUUCUAUACAAAAGGUAUCUAGGUGCAAUGCACUUUAUCUGGGACCAUGUGCCUUUUGUGUCACUAUCUCUGAAUGGCAGAUGGACUUGAGGUGAUCCUUUUCCAAGACCUUGAUGCACCCAUCAUAGUAAAUGAUAUGACUGAGGCCUCUAGCAAAUUAGCUGUGCAUAGAAUUCUUUUAAGCAUUGUUUGCUUUUUGAAGCUUGUGUUUGAGAUUGGCAAAAGCAACCCGAGGUAGUUCCCCGUAGAAUCAAAACAUACUUAUAUGAAGCCCUUUGAAGCUGCAGCCUUAAAGUUUCUCGACAGCUUGUAUCAAAGUAUGCUGCUCCAGAUAGGGCAAGGAGAAUGUUACCGCGUUUUUGAGUUCAGACGUAUAUUGCGGCUUUCGUUGCAAACAAAAUUGAAAAUGAGCAUUAAGCUUAAUUUUUGAGAGCAUAUAGGUUAAAGAUCUUGUCAUUCAGAUAGUAAAAUCAGUUAUUUGCUGGCAGGGGCUCAACUCGCGUGGCAAGCAAGUUGAGAAACUUGAGGAGCUUUCUUGUUUUUGCAAAAUACAGGGGAUAACUUCAAGGAGAGCACUGGGUAUGAUGGGUGCAGCUGGGUGCUUCGGCAUUGAUAUUUUCAUGAAAGACAGCAGUGGUAGGCGGUGGACUUGUACUGACCUUGUGAUGGCAGGUGUGCAGGUGUCAAACAGUGUUCUGUAUAAGGAGGAGUUCAGUUUCGCGAAUUAGGAUUUCUAAAGGUUUUAUUGGCGCUUCCAACAGUAGCAGUUGUCUUUGCAUCUCUUGCAGUUGUUGCGGCUCCUAGCUACUACCACCUUAGCUUUGGAACUUGAAUCUCUAAAUUGAAAUGAAAAGAACUGAAAAGGGUUUGGGAAAAGAGCUAAUGCUACAGAGUGCAAGUUUCAUUGUCGUUGAGAGCCAACGGCGGCCCUGUGCCGACGCGUCACAGUUGACAGGAGGCUGCAGCGUCGUGUUUCAGGUAGUUUAGCAAGCGACUGCCGUGCCGUGACUUGUCUCAUCACCUUCGGAUGUGCCGCAUGACGACGUUCUUUCGUGUCGUGAUUUUGUAAAUGUACAUGAGUCAUCCCGUUCAUUUUGUGCAGCCGUCGUAAUCACAUUUGCGCAUAAUUAUAUGUGGCAGCCAUCAGCGUAGCCAACAUCGACACAGUCUUAUUUAUUCCACUUGCUGCAUGUAAUGCCUGUCCUCGCACUACAUCUGGCAUGUUGCGGUACGGCUUAGCGUAAACCUUAACCUGGCCUGCGAGCGUUUCUUUGUGUAGCGUGUUGCAGCAGAGCGGACGGCUGCUGCAUUAUAUGCAGCCAUUGUGGUCCUUGAGAACAGUCUUAGAUGGAGUUACCAGAGAUAGUGGCAUGUGAUGCAGUGCUAUACAGACAUUUACACUGUAAUAUACUGAGGAGUAUAUAUAUAUAUUAUAUAUAUAUAUCAACUUUCAUAGCAGAGCUUGUAAUGAGGCCUAAUAUUUCACACAUGUAUAUUGGUAAACCACACCUAUUUACAACCCCAAAUUUCCCUUGUAGUGGAAAUAUUAAUGUCCUUUUGCAGACAUCUAAUUAGGUGCUUCACUGCCAUCAGCCUGUUUAGUAAUUAAGUGUAGUGCUUUCCUAAUCGCUAAACACGUUACUUAGCCCAAUGUGGACGUUCUUGUAAAAAAAAAAAUACUUGCAUCACAUUGCAAUGCACGUUCAUGCCUGGAUUCAAUUGCUUCAAAAACAUGUUGGCUAGAAUCCGUGCUAAAUGACAUAUAAUUUGCUGCAUUGUACUUUGUUGGGGAUAAGUGCCUAAUAUUUAAUUAUGAAAAUACGGAGGCGUGUCCUCAAAAUGGAACGAAGUCUUCUGAUUAGAUAAAGGGAGACUGGAUAACGAUAGAGAGAAGCCACCAAAUGAUAUGGUCCUGGUGGCAGCGAGCUUUGACGGAAGGAAAAGGUUGAGGGAAGUGAGGCACCUCACUGUUGUAUAAAGCCCAGAACCAGCUUAUAAUCCCCCAGUGUAUAUCUUCGAUCUCCCAGACCAAGUCUCCCACUCUACCAGCCAACAUGUUCAACACUGCCAUUGUAAAGAGAGUGAAAAAAAAAAAUUUUGUUUUUAAAGAAGCUGUUUAUAAGAGAUAUAUAUACCACGUAAGAGAAAAAAUAUAUAUAUACGAGGCUUGUUAGCAUGGCGGCUAGCGUGUCUAGCAGCAACCGGAUGCAGAACCGAGCGCACGAUGGUGGCGUAGCGCCGCAUUCAGCGUGCAUAAGGUGGAGGCGAUUCCUUCGAGUUUGCUGUUCAUCCAAACUUCUAGUUUGCUGUGAAGAGUGUUGGUCAGCCGUAACUACAUCACCGUAUCUUUAUUGCAUGCUUUCGUACUGUAAACGAGCGAGUGAGCUUGCUGGCAUUGAGGGCUGUUACAUUUGUGUGUGUGUAUAUCUCCUGAGCAUCACUUGGUUAAUGGAUUUCUGGCACUCGGCAGCAUUUCUAACUCUUGACGGGCUGCCCGAAGUUCGGCCUGCCAAUGGUUUGAGCUGGACUUUAUGCACAAUGGUUGUGCACAAGUGAACAGAGCCCUGGUGUUCUCGUAUUCUUUUUUUUUGAAAUUGGGGUAUAUUGGUUCAUGUACGAUUAUGAGUGCAUUGGCUCUUAUUUUAGGAACACUGUUGUAUCUUAUCAUUCCUGUUGCAGUUUUCUCUGUAUGAGAAUGCCGGUACCAUGCAAGUGAAGCCUUUGAUGCCGCAGUUUUGGAAUCGUAACCAAAACCAUAUUGUAAUGGCUGGUAGUUUUAAAGGUACAUAUUGUCGAAACCUUGUCUUGUGUGUUGUGGUUGUCACUGGCCUUGUGACCUGCGAGAUGCCGGGAAUGAGUAAUGCUUUUAUUUGCUGUUGUGCGAGUCUGAUUGUGCUGCUACUUGCUUCCUUAAUCCUAGAAAGAAGUCAUUUCCUUGCAAAAUUCAGUCAACAUGAGGUUGACGGCACUGUCUAAGGAUGCUUCGUGGUGGUGAUUUGUGUUUAAGGGGGUCAAAAUUUUAAACGGUAUCCAUCAUUAUUUGAUGUAAUGUUCUGUGUCCCAUCCUUGUUGGGACUGUUACGCUUUUGCAGUUGUAUAGUUUCCGGGACAUACUGACAUGUGUCAAUGGGACUGUCCAUUGCAUUCGCAAUGCUCGUGUAAAGUCCAGCGUAGUUGAAUUGGUUGUUUCGUUGUCUGCGCUACGAUGUAGCCUAAAGAGUAAUUUAGAAUGUGGCUUACGGAAUGACAUCCCCUAUCACACUGCAGAUAAGCUCCCAUGACAGUGGUUGUCUCGCUUCUUGUUGUCUUCUGCUCAACUUGAUUUGCACCCUAUUGCUGGCAGCUUCAUCUUGUCACAUUCGAGUCUUGUGCAUGCUUGCUUUCUGUGGGUACCAAUUCUUUAUUCACAUGUGUUGUCUGGCUGGUCAAGGGUUCAAAACGAAGAGCAUGUGGGUGUUUGAAGAUGUGUGCACGCAGAUUGCUGCACAUUUGCCUGCACAAAUGCUUUUGCGAGGAAAUGUGCUGGUGGUUGGGUGGCAUGGGACUUGUAGGGUAUGUGCUGGUUGCUGUGUUCCGUGUUUGCUUUCUCCUUUAGGUGACCUUGCCAUUCUAAAAGCAUAUUAUGCACUGGUUUGUCAGUUUGAAUUCAUUGGGUUUGUUUGUAGUCCUAGUCAUAUUGCAGCUAGUGUAGUGUUGCAGUGAGCAAAGAGUGGUGUCGGCACGACUUGCAAAGCUUGCGUCGAUAUAGACUGGCAUUUUUGUUUUGGCUCCGUGCUUUUUUUUUUCUUGUUGAUUGUUUGACACACGUGCUGAGAAUUUGCAAACAGGAGAGCUCAAUUUUGAUGAUGUUUACAUCACAAUGAUGCCAAAUCAGGGGCUGUUUGAGUUUCAACUGGCUCGAGUCUCACCCUGACUUACAUUCAGGUCGAGGUGCCACUGUAAGUUAGUCAAAACAGUAGAUUCUUUUUUUGUUUCAGUUUUUGGUUAUGUUUGCAUCAUGGCAGCGAGCCAUUAUGGCGAGGGUACUUGUCAAGUGUAGGAACCAUGCCUGCUUGCUUUUACUAAAACUUGGAACAGUUAACAGCAGUGUGCUUUAUUACUUUUCAGCGCGAAGUUGCUCACUUUACUAAGGUAUUCACGGAAGGGCAGUUGACCAUUUCGGCUACUUUCUGAUGAUUAAAACAGGUUGGUGACGUGCUCAUAUUGCUCCUAGCUUGCAUGGAUGGCAAUUCACCUACUAACCAAUCUGAAGUAAAUUUUAAAAUUUAUAACGAUUACCAAUGGAUCAGGAGAAGCAGAGAAGUUGUUAUACACAGCUGCAUUAGCAAAUGAAAAUCUUUUCAAACACUGCUACAAUUUUUCGUCAUUGUUCAGUUGAGUGGUCCAAGUGUACUGAUAAUCUUUCACAAAGUGCAAGUUGGUUUUCUCCAUGCUGGAAGUUGUGUUUUUGUGUGCUCGCCACCUAAAGUGCAAGCAGUGGAAUGAUCUCGAAAACCGGGCAGACGACGUUUAGUACCAUCACGGUGGCUGCUUUUGGAUCUCUCUUAAUGUUAAGUUGCAUGUGAACGUUGGUCUGAUAUGUGUAGGUUUAGUAUGAGUGUUAAGGGGGGGAUAUGUUUGAAAUGCCUUCAGAGUGGCGUGUUCUGAAAGGGAGUAAAAGAAGUGUGUAUAGGUAGCCAUUCACUGCCAUUUGUUAGACAUAUGCCAUAAGCGAUUGUUUCACCACCUGGCAAAACGUUGCAUCAAGUAUGGAGCGUUUGCCUAGCUGUUUGUUUGACCAGAUCCCUUUUUGUGUUGUGUUUUUUGGCUGCUUGAUGAGCGUUUGAGAGUUGCUUUGUGUCGGAAUUUGUUUGCUGUGGUUUAUUAUUGAAAUGGCCUGUUUUCUUUUUUCUCUUUAGGUUUAUGGGAACAAAUAGGCUGUCUUCUUCGUUCCAAAAAGUUCAGUAUUAACGUUAGAACCGUACAGAAGCAUGUGUUCCUAAUGGGAUGGGGCAGUUGCUGCUAAUGAUGUUUACUUUCGAGAAAACUUGUUUCUGUUUGACUGGGACCAAUGUUUUUCUUGUCAUUCUAUGAACAUGGCUUGCCUUCUAUUUUUCACUCCUGUUCAUCCUAGGAGCCCGACAUUGUCCUCUAUUGAAACUUUGGGAAGGAGAGCUUUUAGUUCAGCGUUGUGCAAUGUAGCACAAUGAAAGUUCGCUCAUAUCCAGCCUACUGCCAAGUCUCAUGUCUGCAUCAGUGCGUUUUAGUUCUGGGAACAUGUACAUAAUUUAUGCAAUUGCCAGGGCACGAUGUGGAGAAUAAAAUGGUCAUAAACACUGUGAGACCUGGUGUCGCACGAACCUAUCUGCUAACUAUGCCAACGGUGUUAUUGUUCUAUCUUUUCUCUAUUUAUUUCUCAAGCAAUUUUGUUUCAGGACGUUUUCAAACACCACCAUCUCGCUUCUGCUUCUGAAAUGUAGUGGAUGCUCUCCACGUCAAUAGAAGGCACAUUAUUUGCUUCUGUUGCCAUCUUGGGGCUUUUUAAGCUUCACCUGGGCUUGCAUGCAGGUUCCAUUGGCUUUUGUUUUUCUACGCUGUGGCUUUUGUGGUGUAUACUUUUCUAUCCUGGUUUGUUUUAGUCUAGAAGACAUUGUGCCAAGUGGUGCAUUUGCAGGUUUCCAUGGCAUAUGCAGCAAGAGAAAAAUAUGACAUUUUCUUUUUGUAUAAAGCAAAUAGGCUGUCGGCCUUAAAAAGUUGGGUCUGUAUGUUUUUGAAGGUCUCAUAACAGUGUACAGCUCAUUUCUAACAUGGUUGCCAGUGCAGUUUAGUAUUCUUGUGUUUAUUUGUUUUUGCUUUUCUAGCCAUUUCUUUUUUUCUCUUUGUAUUCUCAAUUCUUGUGAGAAUUGCCUGUUGAAGUGUAAAUUAUUUGCUUGUGUCUGCUAUUAUGGUAAUGACUGUACAUCACUAAUAUUAUUAUUCUUGUAAUUAUUACAUAGUGCACACUAUUUGGCACUGAGUAGCAGCCAUAUCCAGCGGCAGCCAUGUUUCUGCGUGCAACUUCUUUUUGUACUCUCUGCUGGGCAACAAAAGGCCCUGUGCGGCAGGCAUGUUUGCUGUUUCAGCUUUUGUAGUUUGUCUCGCGAGAAUUCUCACAGGCAUGUUCUUGUUUGCUGUGGAAUGGACUGCAAUUGAAAUGUCUUGCAUUUCGACCGUUUAACAUUGCCUCUUGUGGGCAUCAUGACAUAGUUUGCAUAGGCACAUACCUCUCAUUGUGCAAAAUUACACACAUGAACAUACAGUGGGUGAAGUGUGUUUUCUGGUAACCCUCCUUGAUUGAGUUUUGAGUUCCCGCAACACAACAUCUUCACAUAUAGAGAAAUGUCUUUGCAGUAACAGUGACAAAACUAAGAAUGAAGGAAGGAAAGAUAGGAACAGCAAGAUAUAAAGUUUUACUGUAGGCAGAGGAAGAUAUAUGGUACCACUUUAAUGUAUUGUUAAUAAGAUAAUUGACAAUAAUUGUACCAUUCAAGUGCAUUGAUAAUUGCAUUUUUGCUAUGGUGUAUCUGUUCAUUCAUUGCAUUGAUUAUUGUUAUAUCUUUAAUAUGAUGAUGCCUUACCUGCUGUAGUCUGCAGUAUGUACUAAGUAACAGAUGCAUAUUCUGUUUUGCAUUCAAAGAAACUUCAGUUGCAGGUCGCUAGACAGUGGCGGUAUCCAUCUUUCCUUUCUAUGGUCAUUGUUUUGCUAGGCUGUUGCUGCGAAGACGAUUUCUAUAUGCGACGGCGGGUGUCUUCUGCAUUGCCAGAAGACUCAUUUCACUUGUGAUUUUCCUUUGACUUCAGAAUUGGUUUGCUCAAUAAAACUACUUUCUGAUUUGAAUUUUCUCCAUAAGGAGCAACAAGCUUGCAAGUGAAUUAAUGUGCGAUGUCAGUGAAUUACACUACCUGCAGGGUUGUCUGAUUGUGUGGGCAUUUGUAGUGUUUUUCUUUUUUUUGAAGGCAUUAUACGGAAAAGAAUUUAGAGAAGGCACACGGGCGUUUAAAGCUCGCUACUCUUAGAGCCUGUGUUAAGUCUGUUCUGGCUAGAGAAAUCCCCUGUGAGGAAGAUGCCAGCUGAAAAAUGAGUUUUCAGUAAAUGGGAAGCGCGCGGGCAUAGCAUUUCCACAAAUUGCGAUGGACUGGUCAUUGUGAGCCGAUUUUCUCGCACAGGUCCAUGCCUGUGAGAUUCUCAGCCGUCGACAUUUUGUUCUGCUGCGGUGUGCCCUGCACCAGCGUGUCUCUGUGACAAGUUGCACUUGUUGCACCACGAACGGGUGUUAAGUUGCGCUUUGGUUGCCUUGUGUAGUUGUAGUUUUCACCGUUGUUCACACACUUGAGUUGCUGGCGACUGUUGAUGACCAAGGGUGGUGUCACAUCGUGUUUGUUUUUUGUUAGGUAUUUUUUACAAACGUGUUCCAUUUAUUUUGUGCUUUAGGGGUGGACUGUUUGUGUGGUUUCACGAGAAUGAUUUUUCCUUUUUUGAUGCAUGCAAGGUGUCCCUUUUUUUGCAUGCAUGCAUGCGUGUGUGUUUGCGUAAUGUGUCGAAUGGAAUUUGUUGUGUGCGUGUGGAACGUUUGAUAGCAGCCACACGAGAGGUUCUGUAUGUAUACGAGCGUUCCUUGCCAUUGGAGGUGCGCGCUGGUUUCUAGAUGUCGAAGUUCCAUAUGCCAAUAAACACAUUCACCCUUUUUUUUUACACAUGUAUGAAAAGAGAUGAGAAAGAAAACUAAA